AGAAAAAGGAGAUGAGCGGUGCAGAUGUCGUACGUGAUUUAAUGGGGAAUAAUAAUAUUAAAAAAGAAAAUUCUCUGCUUUUUCACAUCCAAAUAUCUAGAAGGAGAAGGCAGCGUGGCAAACUGCAGUAAGACUGUAAAGCAGCUGCCCUCUCUCUUAUUUCUGAUGGGCAAAGGUGAAACCACCGAUACCGCUGCCAUGGUUGAAUCGGAGAAAAUUCCCGAUUCUUUUCUCUGCUGCAUUUGUCUGGACCUUCUAUUCAAACCCAUAGUUCUCGCUUGUGGUCAUGUUUCCUGUUUCUGGUGUGUCCAUAAAUCCAUGAGUGGUCGACGAGAGUCCUGUUGUCCAAUUUGCAGGCAUCCGUACAAUCACUUUCCAACAGUCUCUCAGAUGCUCCAUGCCUUGCUCUUCAACAUCUAUCCUAUUGCCUAUAAGAGGAGAGAAGAACUAAUUCUAGCGGAAGAAAAACAGAUGGGUUAUUUUUCACCUCAGUUCGAUUACACUGCAUGUCAGUCGCCUGAAAAUCAAGAAUAUGAUCAUCUAAAGGAUCAUGAACACCUCUCAACCACUAGUUUGGAGUCCGACUCAUGCUCAGAGACUUGCUCCACAAGGGAAGGAGAGCCUAAGGGCAAAAGUAAGCGAUUAUCGAUCACUGAUGUACUCUGCGCUGCAUGCAAGCAACUUGUUUUUCGUCCAGUCUUCCUUAACUGUGGCCAGGGGUAUUGUGAGAGUUGUAUCUCAUGUUCAGUUGAUGAGAAUGGGAUGCUUAGAUGUCAAGUUUGUCAUUCUUUGCACCCAACUGGUUUUCCAAAAGUAUGUCUGGAGCUUGACCAUUUUCUGGAGGACCAAUUCCCCAGAGACUAUGCCAUGAGAAGAGAUGCUGUUGAGCUGAAACAAGCGAACAUAAAGAUUGAGAACCCUAUUAGCUGUUCUGCAAGAGCUGGUAAAAAAGGUUUUUCUUUUUCUUCAAUGCCGAAGGAAGAGCUUUCUCACUUAAAGCUUCAUUUUGGUGUUGGUUGUGAUUUUUGCGGGAUUUAUCCUAUAAUUGGGGAUAGGUACCGAUGCAAAGAUUGUGUUGAGAAAAUUGGUUUUGACCUUUGUGGCGACUGCUAUAACACUCGCUCUAAGCGUCCUGGCAGAUUCAAUCAGCAGCAUACCCCAGAACACAAGUUUGAGCAUGUUGAUUCUAUCAACGGACGUAGAGUAAUUAGGAGGUUGAUGAACGAUCAGUUUGGGAAUACUUCCCCUGUUCUUGCCAAUCCUGGUGAUCUAUCGGAUGUUCCAGAAAAUGAAUUCCCCAGCUCACUUAUAUCUGUUGGUGCUGAUGAAGGAACCAGAAACACUGCGAUGGCUACUGUUAUCCACACCGGAAGCGCAGAUGAUCAAAAUGAGUCCCAAUCCACCGGUUAAUCUCUUUCUGCCUUUUUUUGUUUAUGGUUGCUGUGUUUGGCUGUAGUGGUGGUUUCCUGGGAUUUUACCAAAAGAAAAAAACUGAACGCUUUGCUGCAUUUGAUCUAUUGCUGUCUGGUAUGUUCAUUGCAUAGUGUCCAUGUGAAGUUUUGUAUGUAUAAUCUUGGCAUUUGCAGUGGCAUGCAUUACUUGUACAAUACAUACUUUUUGUACAGGGUUCCUUUGCAGGGCCAACGUUCCUUUCUUUUUGUUCUUGAGAUAAUAAAAGCAGCUUUAUUUAAACAA